CCGGCGACAGAGAGGAGGGUGUGUGAGGCCGUCAGGCGCCAUGGCAACGGGCGGCCUGGUCGGAUCACCGAGGGCCUGAGGCGCCGGGAGAUUCAAGCUGAACACAUCCGAUUACCGCGGACGCGCGUCCUCUGUCCAAGCCCGGCCGCCUCGCCUCGCCUCUCCUCUCCCGGACCUGCCGCUCCGUCUCCGGACGCGGGCCGACUAGCGGUGCCUGCUGCCCCAUGGCCCUUCCUUCUGUGCCGGCGUAGACGGGACGUGACCUCCCCGGCCCUGGCCCUGGCCCCGCCUGACUCUGAGAAGUCAACAGAAUGGAGGAAAAGAAACUGAAACGCAGAAGCCCUAAGACCUCUACAAAUCAACAAGCUCCUCCAGUGAGCAGCAAGAAAAACGUGGUACCCGGUAAGACUGUGGCCAUGAACGCAGGAGGACAGACGGCUGCUCCAAGACAAAAGUUGAGAAGGGUUGUUAUAGAGAAGCCUAAACCACAGACUUCAGCUGGAAAGAACACCCAGGCAGCCCCCAUCCAGCAUUCCUUCCUCACCGAUGUAUCUGAUGUGAAAGAGAUGGAGAGAGGAUUGCUCAGCCUCCUAAACGACUUCCACUCUGGAAAGCUUCAAGCGUUUGGCAACGAGUGUUCCAUUGAGCAGAUGGAGCACGUGCGUGAGAUGCAGGAGAAGUUGGCACGCCUGCACUUCGACCUUUACAGCGACCUCGAAGAACCUGGAGAUGAACAGGGGAAUAUAGCUGUGGACGUGAACCUGGACAAACUACUGACGAACUUGGAGGAACUGAGCUCUUCGAUUCAGAAACUGAACCUGGCUGAUAAUCAAGAUGUCCCAAGAGCGUCCACCUCCUGAGGAUGGAAGGGGGGGAGGGGGGGUCUAUGAAUUCAGCUCCACGCAAAUACCAGUUGACAGUUGUACUUGAUGAAGUAGUGUCAUGCUGUGCUCUUAUUUACAGACACCGUUCUCUGAACCUGCUCUCUAGUACUGGCGCUGCCUCUUGCCGGAAGUUCCGAGAGAGUCUGCUGCACCUACCAUUAACCACUGCCAGUGCUGGUCUUCACAGCUCUGCUCUCCGAAGUGGCCAGUCUCGAAGGAAUGGGAUGCAUCAGUUGUACCACGGUCAGCUGCCUGGCAUUCUUGGCGAUGCGACUUGUCCAUUUUCUUUUUGUAAGGUCCCACUACUGCUGGAGUACUGAGCAAAUGGUUCGAACAGACUAUGUUCCUCCAACUUAUCCUCAGCAAAAGAGUCAGGUUUUUCACAAAACAUCAAGUUUCAUGGGGUGAUUUGCAUCUUUUAUUUUGCCUUUUGUGGAGAUUUGGUUCUCGCUGGGGGUGCGGGUGAUAGGUGGCAAGCUCCUGUUUCUGUAAGGUGCUUCCCCUCACCCAUUCCUCAGAACUACCUGCCCACUGGUCCCUGUCAAGCCCACGCACCCAAGCCCAUUUCAGGUAGCUGACAGUCAGCUCUGCUUCUGAAAGUCUGGGGCGGAGGUGGGUGUGUGCCGGAACUCUUGUCCGGGGUCAGCACUGGCUUUCCUGCUUACUCUGCCAUUGUAGCUUGUAGUUUCUGGCCUGAGAAAGAAAGCUGCUCUGAUUCAGUGUGUCAAGAGACGGGCAGGGUGACCCAGAGAGAGAGGGGGUGGGCAGGUAUGGACACUCUGAUCCCAUUACCAGUAGUUGGACCAGUUCUCUGACUUCCACCACAAUUAGCAGACCAGCUAAUUAGCCAAGUAUUGAUUAUCAGUCGAUUACGUGGAUGGCUGCUGUUUCAGUGCUGUGAACCUGGGGAGAGGGUAGCUGGCAAAAGGGUUUGAAAUCCUGACAAGGUCAGGGGAAGGAACCAUGUCCCAAGUUUUCUGUUUUGUUCCCACUCUCUGUCAGGUUUUUCACAAAACAACAAGAACCGUGGGGCGAUUUGCAUCUUUUAUUUUGCCUUUUGUGGAGAUUUGGUUCUUGCUGGGGAUGAGGAUGAUAGGUCGCAAGCUCCUGUUUUUGUAAGGUGCUUCCCCUCACCCGUUCCUCAGAACUACCUGCCCACUGGUCCCUGUUGAGCCCACACACCCAGCCAUAGUUCUGAGGAACAGGUGAGGGGACUGACAGCAUCUUACAGAAACAGGGGGCUUCAUCCCCAGCGAGAACCAUAUCUCCACAAAAGGAAAAAUAAAAGAUGCAAAUUGCCUGACUUUUGCUGCAGAGACCAGGAAAUGGUGGUGCCCAGAGCGAGCUGGCACAUCAUCUGCCGCUGCUUGUUGAACCAACUGUUGUUGAAUCCUGUUUUCCCUGCCCACAGCACAUGUCCUGCCUUUCUCUGCGUUAUCACAGCACUUUAUUAGUCAGGGUAAGAGGGGGUGAUGUGGGGGGGAGGGUGGGCGGGUAGUUUUGCUGUAGCAGACUUACUGUGGCUGCUGUAGUAUAACCCAAUCUUUAUUGCACAUUACUGGCAGUGCCCUUGUGUUUACAGUCCAUAUUCGUGCAAUUGCAGAACUCUCCCAUUCAACACAUUGCUUAGUCUGCAUACAUAGAAUGUGAGUGAAUGUGUACAGCAGUCUGCACUGAUUUGUGCAAUAGCUUUCAUGUGUGCUGGUCAUUUGGUAUUGAGUACCAGUUUUAAUUCUCCUCAGCAGGGAGAAGGUUGUCUGAUUAAAACGAGCCCCUCUGAAGUUGGGAACGGUGGCCACCUGGCACCUUGGCUUUUUAUCCUUUAUUUGGACAGGCCAGUGAGAGGUGCUGACCCUUCAAGCCAAAAGCCAGAGGAGUGAUUUUAUUUUUAAAUUACAUCACCAUUCUACAGCUAAUCAUAUAUGCUCACUUCCCAUGGUGGGAAGAGGUAGCAGUGGUUUACUGAAUGAAGGAAGGCAGAGAAUGUAGUUAAAUGCACACAGCACUACCCAUGCUGAGUACAGUGUGCUCUCUCUCUAUCUCUGUGCUCACACAAUGAUAUUCCACAAUAAAGUCGUUAAAUGUAAUC